UUGGUAGUCUGGUAAAUUUUAUUUAUUUUUUGUCACUUUUGUCAGUCUUGUGAGUCUUGUCUUCCUGUGGUUAAGUUUCUUUGUAUCAGUUGUCGAAAUCACAUUUUUAUAGAACUGUUUAGAAUUAAUUCAGAUUUAUAAUUUCAAUAACAUCAAUUACAUAUGCUAUUAUAAUAUCAACGUAAUGAAAGUUACGAUCGGAGAUGUGGUGUUGCCCGGUGACUUUUCAGAAGAAAUUGAAGCUGCAGGUGGAAAAGGCAAAAUAAUCCUAGGACCCGGCUUGCGGAAAGAAAUCAAAAAGGUAUAUGUCACCAAGGCCGGAGUCCUUAGGAAACGUGCACCCAAUACAUUUUGGGUGGACAGCUAUCAGAAACGAUACGUGCCCUCUAGAGGUGAAAACGUGAUUGGUGUUGUUGUGCAGAAAGCCGGCGACAUUUUCCGCGUAGACAUCGGAAGCAGUUGUAAUGCCUCUCUUUCUUACCUCUCCUUCGAGAAUGCAACGAAGAAGAACAGACCAGAAGUUCAAGUGGGGGAUGUAUUAUACGCAAAAAUGCUUGUGGCUAGUAAAGACAUGGAACCAGAAAUAGUAUGUGUAGACUCACAUGGCAAGAAAGGUCGGUUAGGUGUUCUGAAUGAAGGAUUUGUCUUCAGAUGCUCUUUGAAUCUGGUUAGAAAGAUAUUAAACCCUAAUUGUAAAUUAAUAGAGUCUAUGAAGAAUGAAUGGCCAUUUGAACUGGCCGCGGGAAUGAAUGGGAGAAUAUGGAUCAGAGCUAACUCCAUGAGGGAGACCAUAGCUGUAGGAAAUGCUAUUUUAGCAUCAGAGUACUUGAGUAAUGAUGAAAUUAAAAGUAUGUGCAUAAAUAUAGCAUCUAUAUUAGCUGGACAUGUGUCAUAGCACAAUAUUAGUAACUGGAUUUAUAAAAUAUCAGCAAUAAAUAUAAUUGUUGAUAAUUUUAGUUGUUUUUUUUUUAUGGAUCAUUAUGAAAUGGUGUCCCCCAUUUAAUAUUCAGUCAUCUAAUUUCCAGGACUUAAAAUAUAUAAUUCAGGAGGGACUGGAAGUGUAUUGACUUAAUAAAAUACAUUGGGAAGGUGAUAUUACUACUAUUGCAUACUAACAUCCUUGCAACAGCACUAUGUGACCCAUUGAACCGAAGGCUUAAAAGACAUCAUGCCUGGGAUUUGUACAUUAAUGUGAAAAAACAGUCAUUUAGAUAGUUAGUACUCUCCCAUCACUUCCAGUUCUCUCCCAUCAAUUAUUAAUAUAUAACAUCAUAUAACAACAAAUCUGGUAGACUUGAACCGAUUGCAAGAUAUGGAUAUGAAAUAAAAAUAAAAUUGUGUAGGGAAUCGUCAGUAAUGUAGAGCAAUGACCCUAUUAAAAUACUAUGUCAUCUUGACCUCCCUGGUUACUUGUAAGAAAUGUGUGGUGCAUGGCAACCUCAAUUUCAAAUUAUUUAAGCCACCAAGCAGCUUGCUUUGUGAGCUGUUGCAGUUGUAGCAUGAGAUUAAUCAGUGAAAUUAUAUGAUAAGAUGUAUGACAUCAUAGUCCACUGGAAUGGUAACACAGGUCCCACAUGAUAUCCUUGUUGACAUGACACACCAUGAAUGACAGUUCAUGUUCAUGUUACUUCUGGGAAGGGGGGGGGGGAGAGGAUUGUUAGUAAUGUGGACUAAUAACCACAUUGCUACUCAUGUACUGUCAGGUAGACCACCACAUGGUUUUCCCUGACCAAGUGAUUGAAACCAUUGUGAUAAAUUCAUGGUGAAUUUACCACGAUGGGCUAACUGACGUAACCUCACGUUCAUCUUAUCAUCCUCCACUGGUGCCCCGCUGGCAUAUACCAUUAGCGCAGACAGGUGCAACAUUAUAUCAUCAUCUAUAAGAAAAAGAAAUGUAAUGACGUUACCACUCAACAUUAGGUGGGCCAUUAGCUUCUUUGCCAUUCAAAUUACUAUACUAUAUUGUAUAUUCACUACCAACAAUUAUUCUUUGCACUAUCCAUAGUUGACUGGUAGAUAAAACUGAUAAUGGUGUUAAGUCCGACAUAUGUACUUUAAAUCUUGUCAAAAUAAAAAUAUCAAUAUUUUUACAAUGUGUAAUUAGGGUAAAUAACUUACAUGUUGAAGUGCUGCUGUAAAUAGAUGGUAUAAAUAACAAAGAAAGGUAUAACAAUGAUGGGAUUUAUUUUGGCAAAUGCAACUAACCUAAUCAUUUCGAAAUCUCAAUACAUAUGUAAAACUACAACUGACUGCAUUCCAAUUUUAAUCUGUACCUAUUGAUAAUUGAAUAAAUAUAUUAUAUGUUACAAUCGACCAAGCCGUGCCACAAACACUCACUAUAUAUACAUAUUAUUGUGGCGAUGUUGAUUACUUCAGCGAGUUUCAUUAAUUUACAACAACUAUCACUUUAAUAGGAGUUGAGUGACCAGAAUAAUGUCUCUUCAUUAUGUUUAAUUAUAUUUAAUAAUAAUUUAGUAAGUAAAUUAUAAAGUAAUCCGAUAAUCACAUUAUUACAAAAUUAAUGUUAUUUUAUUUUUAGUUAACGACGCACAACUGUAUACCGAGCGUGAAUUUAGAAAUGAAAGAAUGCUAGAACGGAUUUUAAUGCAAUUUUCAGCAGUAGAUAGUAAUUCAAGAUGAAGGUUUAUAUGUAUAAUACAUGUACACCCAUACAAAAACAGUAUAGAUAGCUAGUAUAAAUUUUAAAAUGUUAAUUUAUUUUAGUAAUUAUUGCAAUUA